GCGCGGGCGAUGCAGUGAGACGGGGCCGGCGGGCGGGCGCGCGGGGCGGGGGCCGCAGCCGCGCUGCAGAGAUGUGACUUGAGGCCGAGAACCAGCAGGAGCGUCGGCGCUGCGUGGCCGCGGGAGUCGUAAAUGUUCCAGCCACAGAACUGGGUCUGGGGCACUACAGUGUAGAAAAUGGACAAGCCCCCACUCUCAGGGGACUGGCCAGAGAGAAAGAUGAGAACCCACCACGUGCUCGCCUUCCUCCUGCUCUUCGUGAUCGCCUCCGGGGCCUCUGAGAACGCAAGCACUUCCCGGGGCUGCGGACUGGAUCUCCUCCCUCAGUACGUGUCCCUUUGCGACCUGGACACCAUCUGGGGCAUCGUGGUGGAGGCGGUGGCCGGGGCGGGCGCCCUGAUCACGCUGCUCCUGAUGCUGAUCCUGCUGGUGCGGCUGCCAUUUAUCAAGGACAAGGAGAAGAAGGACCCCGUGGGCCUCCAUUUCCUCUUCCUCCUGGGGACCCUGGGCCUCUUCGGGCUGACGUUCGCCUUCAUCAUCCGGGAGGACGAGACUAUCUGCUCGGUGCGCAGGUUCCUCUGGGGCGUCCUCUUUGCGCUCUGCUUUUCCUGCCUGCUGAGCCAGGCGUGGCGCGUGCGGAGGCUGGUGCGCCACGGCAAGAGCCCGUCCGGCUGGCAGCUGGUGGGCGUGGCGCUGUGCCUGAUGCUAGUGCAGGUCAUCAUCGCCAUCGAGUGGCUGGUGCUGACCGUGUUGCGCGACGCGAAGCCCGCCUGCGCCUACGAGCCCAUGGACUUCGUGAUGGCCCUCAUCUACGACAUGGUACUGCUUGUGGCCGCCCUGGGGCUGGCGCUCUUCACGCUGUGCGGCAAGUUCAAGAAGUGGAAGCAGAACGGGGCCUGCAUCCUGGUCACCGCCUUCCUCUCUGUGCUCAUCUGGGUGGCCUGGAUGACCAUGUACCUCUUUGGCAACGCUGAGCUGCGGCACGGAGAUGCCUGGGGCGACCCCACUUUGGCCAUCACACUGGUGGCCAGCGGCUGGGUCUUCGUCAUCUUCCAUGCCAUCCCUGAAAUCCACUGCACCAUUCUGCCGGCCCCGCAGGAGAACACACCCAACUACUUCGACACGUCGCAGCCGAGGAUGCGGGAGACGGCGUUUGAGGAAGACGUGCAGCUGCCGCGGACCUACAUGGAGAACAAGGCCUUCUCGAUGGACGAACACAACGCAGCUCUCCGAACUGCAGGAUUUCGCAAUGGCAGCUUGGGAAACAGACCCAGCGCUCCGUUUAGAAGCAACGUAUAUCAGCCGACCGAGAUGGCUGUUGUGCUCAAUGGAGGGACUAUCCCAACUGCUCCGCCAAGUUACACUGGAAGACACCUCUGGUGAAAGACUUUUAAGUUCCAGAGAAUAAGAAUCUCUCUUACCAAUUUUAUUCCCUGGCUGUGUCUUUCUUGAGGGAGAAAUCAGUAGCAGUAGCCAGACAAGGCUGCCUCACAGCCAGGAGAUGUAGAAAUCCUGCGCAAGGGGGUUUCGUGUAAAUGUGAACACUGCUGAACUGAAAAGCUAACACUGACUGCCCUCUCGCCCCCUGCCACACACACACAAACACGUAAUACCAAACCAACCUCAAUCCCUGCAAACUAAAGCAAAGCUAAUUGCAAAUAGUAUUAGGCUCACUCGAAAAUGUGGCUGGGCAGACUGUUUCAUCCUCUGGGGGUAGAACAGAACCAGAUUCACAGCCAGUGGGCCAGGCUGGUGUGGGUUAGUCGCGGCGGCCCCCCCACACCAUCGCCCUCCCCAGCGAGUGCUGGGCCCCAGGUGGCCUCUUGGAGAUGACUCUUGCGUUGAGAGGACUAAUGGGGACUUUCCCACCAGCUUGCCUGUUGGUUUGCACGUUUCAGGGGGUCAGGAGCAGUUAAGGAGUUGUGGGUGUGAUUCCAAGGUGAGGCCCGACCGAAUCACGGGGUGAGCUUUCCAACCAGUUGUGGUGGAGGGACCCUGGCAUGUGCCAACACAGAGAAGGCUAUCUGGGAGUUGAAGUGACCAUCACAUUUAGAAAGUGGUGACCCACCACCAUGGCCUCUAUGGGCUUCUUGCUCCAGGUCUACGGCCGGGGCGGAAAACAAGCCCACCUCCCUCCUUGGUGGAGCCGUAGCCAUAUUCGGGCUUGGGGCAGUAGUCCCCCCCACCGCCAGCACCUCCCCACCACCCAAGCCCUUUCCCAGGCUUUUAUUCCCAUGCUCAUUUCAAAAGCUCAGAUGGACCAUCAGCUUCCAGCCCCUGGGCUGCCAGGCCAGAAGGCAAGUGCCACAGCAGAUUUUCCGUGAUGAUGUCGUGUGGCCAGGCAUCCGAGGGGAGAGAGGACACCCUGCUGCCUAGCGUGCAGUGAGUUCUCCCAUCUUAUACGUUGACAGAGUGCAAGUUCCAGGGAGGGGUGGAGCACUGGAUGGGGCUCUUGCUGCCUUUGGAGGGUGUGCGGGACAUUUCUGACUUGGUUUUCUGUAAGUUUCAUGAAAGUGAUUCUCUUUAAAGCCCAUUGUUUCUGUCAUGGUUUCCAUCUGUCCUAAGCAACUCAUUCCUUUGUUAUUUGGCAUUUCGAGCAUCUAGGUCAUUAAAAAGCCCCAUGUUCUCUGCACUGUUUGGCCAGCAUAAUCACUAGCAGUGAUUCAAAGCAAACAGUUUUAACCUGAUGGCAUGAAAUGUAUAAGUGAGGGUGAGCCCUUUGACAUCUAUGCUAAUGACUAUGUUGCUUUUUCUAUAAAACAACCCAUAAGCCUUUAACCUUUAAAGAAAAUGAAAAAGGUUAGUGUUGGGGGUGGGGGGGAACUGACCUCUUCAUAAGCCACUAUGUCUGAGCUGUUUUAAUAAACCUGAUUUUUCUCAAGGC